UAGCUGUUGUAUUGAAUAUUUAUUUAUUUUGGUCUUAAUACAUUUCAUAUUUGUUUCUCAAAAAACACAGACUCAAAACAAAAGAAUGCCUAUUCAAAAGGACACCAAACCAACAUUUCUAACAAGUUGUUUUGGAUUUUGUACUAAGUACCGGAGGAUAUAUGAAAGGGAUACGGAAUUUAAAAGACUAAUAAGAUUCGUAGAUGAAAGGGAAAAGGAGAUUAAAAGAAUAAUGAAACAUAAAGUUAAAUCUGGAAAUAUAGGAAGUUAUCCUCAGAGUCAUCCAGUAAUCCGAUACUCUAAUGUUACAAGUUACAUUUCCUUUAAAAGCAGGGAGUUUGAAUACAAAAAUCUGUUGAAUGCACUAAAAGAUGAAAAUAACUUUAUAACGGUAUUGCAAGGGAUGACUGGUAUUGGAAAAACUUCAAUGGCCCUAGAAGUGAUAAGAGAAUUAGAGAAAUUUGAACAAUUCACCCAUUUCAUUUAUGUGACCGUUUCAUUCACUCCUAAUAUAAAAGAGAUUAAAGAUGCUAUUCUUGAAUCUUUUGGCUUGAAUUGGAAGGACUAUAGUGAAUCAGACAAAACCAUAAAAAUAUUGAAUAGAUUAACAAAUGGAGAAAAAAUUCUUUUGCUAAUGGAUGACAUGUGGGGUCAAUUCCCACUUGAUUUUGAAGAAAUCGGGAUUCCAAAUUCAGACAAUCACAAAGGUUGUAGAGUUCUUGUAACCUCUCGCAGUAAGCAAAUAUUCAACACAAUGAGUUGUGUCAAGAGAAUUGAACUCGACCUUUUAUCCGAAGAAGAUGCAUGGAUCAUGUUUCAAAAAUAUUCCUGCAUGGGUAAUAGAUGCCCAAGAGUAGUGAUUAGCAUUGGACGUGAAAUUGCAAAGGAAUGUAAACAAUUACCAGCCGCAAUUGCAAUUAUCGGUAGUAGUUUAAGAGGCCAUCGAGUAAUGCAAGAGUGGGCUAUGAAAUUACGGUCAUUGAAGAAGCAUGUAUCCUAUCACGGGGUUGAUGAUGAUAUGGUUGAACUUUAUGAAUGGUUGAAGGUUAGCUAUGAUUAUAUAAAAGGCGAAGAAGCCAAGGAAUUGUUCCUCUUAUUUUCUGUAUUAGGAGAAAAUGAAGAAAUUUCUGUUGAAGUUCUAACCAGAAUUUCCAUAGGAGCGGGGCUUUUUGAGGAAGAUUAUCGGGCUCGUGAAAAAGUGGUUGUAGCCAAAAAUAAACUGCUAGAUUCUUAUUUGUUAUUGGGGGUCGGCCAAAAAAAUGUAAAAAUGCAUGGUUUGGUUUGUGAUAUGGCUCAAUGGAUAAAAGAAAAAAAAGAGAUUCAAAAGUCUUUGGUUGAAAGGAAAGUAAAUAUUCAAUAUUUAUCAUGUGAAGGGAAGGAUAAGGGUUUGUUUUCCAGUAAGUUUGAUGAUUCCAAACUUGAGAUUCUAAUUGUCAAAGUGGACAGUGAUAAAGACCACAAAUGUAUGGAAGUUCCAAAUUCUUUCUUUGAAAAUAUGGCCAAGCUUCGAGUUUUGUGUUUUUCAGGAAAUGAUGAUUAUCCACUACUAUCAUUACCAAAUUCAAUUCAGUCAUUGACAAAUAUUCGAUCUAUAUUGAUUAAGACUGUGGAUUUAGGUGACAUCUCUAUCAUGGGAAAACUGCAAAGUCUUGAGACUCUUGAAUUGAUUCAAUGCACAAUCAAUGAACUUCCAAAAGAAAUUGCAAAUCUAGAGAAAUUUAAAUUGUUGAACUUGGAGCACUGUGUAAUUAGCUCGGGUGACCCAUUUGAAGUUAUUAAAAGAUGCUCGUCACUUGAAGGAUUGUAUUUCAUCGAUAGUUUUAAUUGUUUCUGUGGAGAAAUAACAUUACCUCAAUUGCGAAGAUAUCAUAUCUGUAAAGGGUGGGCUGUAUGGAAUAAUUGGCUAUCGAAAUGUGUGGUUUUUCCUACUAAUGGUGAUGCAUAUAGGUUUUCAAAAGAAACAUUCAACUAUUGUAUGGAAACAGCAGAGGUUCUUCUACUAAACGGAAUUAAGGGGAAGUGGAGAAAUCUCAUGCCUGAGAUUGUUCCUAUAAAUCUAGGUAUGAAUGAUCUUGUUGAGCUUUGCUUGAGUUGUGUUUCGCAAAUACAGCUCCUCGUUGACACGAUUGGUUAUCAAAUGCCAAAUGUCUUGUCCAAGUUGGUAGUACUAAAACUGGAUAGGAUGGAAAAUUUGAAAGAACUAUUUAAUGGUGCUCUAUCCGUUGAUUGUUUGACGAAUUUAGAGAAGGUGUCAAUCAAGGACUGUAAACAUCUGCGAAGUUUGUUUAAAUGCAAGCUAAAUCUCUUCAGUCUAAAGGUCAUCGAACUGCAGAAUUGCCCGAUGUUAGUUUCCUUAUUUUCUCAACGGCUGACUUCUGGAAGCCUGGUGCUACUAGAGACAUUGAAAAUAGCUCACUGCGAAAGACUGAAAAACAUAAUAGUAGAUGAAAAGAAAGAGGAGGAAUCAAGCAUGGAAAUGGAUGACGAAGAUAAUAGUAACAAAUAUCAUGGAUUAAUGUUUCCAAAACUAAAAGUGCUUGAUAUUGAAGGAUGUCCCCUAUUAGAUUCUAUAUUUCCUUUUCUAUUUGCUCAAGACAUUCCCGUAAUACAAACUAUUAAAAUUAAAAGAUGUGAUGGGUUGAAAUACGUAUUUGGCGUAUACCAACAUGUUGAAUUCCGUUCACUAAGGGAAUUGGAGCUCUGCCAUUCACCAAAUUUCACUUAUAUGUUUCGCGAAUCUAAUCAUCUCAUAUCUUCAUCUGUGAAGGGGUCAACAUCUUCCAUUCCAUUGGUUGAUGUUGAGCAGCCGCAUGACAAUUCAUUGGCACUGGAAUCCAAUUCAUAUCGCUUUCAUAUAUGGGAACGUACUCAAUGUCUUCAAAUACAGUCAAUGAUCCUUUACAAUAUUAAAAAGAUUGAACUGUCUCAUAUCUCCAAGAUAAAAUCGGUAUUUAUCGUAUCUGUCGUUCCAAAAUUGUUGGUGGAAAGUUUGACAAUUAGGAACUGUGAUGAAUUGAAGCACAUAAUAGACUUUGGAGAUUAUGACAGUGGCAGCAAUAAUUGGGGCAAUAUCUUCCCAAAAUUGGAAGAGCUCUACAUUGAAGGUUGCACGAAAUUGAAAUACAUACUUGGACGCGACACUCUUGAUCAAGAAAACCACAUUAAGAUUCUGCUUCGUCUUCCGAAAUUGAAAUUUCUAAGUCUUCGCAAUCUUUCAAGUUUAGUCGCGAUGUGUCCCAAAAAAUAUCGUAUAAAAUUUCCUCCUUCGGCAAAACUUGAACUAAUAGAAUGUCCUCUGGCUACUAUCAAAUCUAUUGGUAAUUUCAAAAUGCACCCGGUGUCAGAAUCGCUCGACAGUACAAUCAUAAAGGAAUAUGGUGAUGACCAAAUAGCCAUACCUUCGUCUUCAAGUUCCACAAAAGAGCCACAUGCUGGGAAAGUUGAAGGUUCACAGGAAACAAAUCAGAUUAAAAAUCUAGGUUCUCUAGAUGAUGAUGCUUUCAUUAAAGUAAGCCCAACUACUAAGCAAAAGUUUCCUAAAGGUUUUCCAAAUGGGACUGAAGUUGAAGCAACAUCUGGAUAUGAAAUCAACAUUGAGUCAACCGAGUUUGAAAUCAUGGAGACAAAAAAGAAACAACCAACAAAGGGAAAGCAAGAAUUUGUUGUAAACGUUUCAACAUUAAAGAAUCAAUUUGACAUGUAAGCUAAUAAGCUAACCACAAUAACUAACUGUUAGUUAUAACAGUUAAGAAAUUGUUAGAGAUUAGUAUUCAAUAAGAGCUUGUGUAUUGUACAUAGCAUGGACUUUAAUUAUCCUAUAACUAACACUUGUAUCCACCUUUUAAAUUCAAUAAAGUUAGU